AUGAGCAGGCCUAUGAGAACUAUUCUGGAAGCUGGAGCUGAAGUCUCAUAUGACUCUGAGGUUGAAGCAGAAUUUGAAACCACUCAAACCAUUCCUUAUGACCAAAACUUUCUUAGGACCCAAGUAAACCUCAACACCCCACUUGAACCUGAACUAAAUGUUGAUAAAUUAAUGUUACAAUUUGAUUAUGAAGAAAAUGAUUGUCUAUGUUCUCUCACACGGUCUUUCACACACUAUGUCAACCUUGCUGAGAGUGAUGCAAUUUGGAUUGACUUCAGAAGAUGGAUCAAUUCUCGUUUCUGGCAGCUGAAGGAAAUUUGUUUUGAAACUACUCAGAAAAAUUCCAUGAAAAACUAUCUGGCAUUAUGGGGCCUCUUCUGGAGUUGUUUAAACCAAAAUUUCCUCAUGCACCAAAAGUUGAUCUUACCUUGGUUACCUAUGAAUAAGAGGUUCAGACGGAAGUUACUUCUCCUCCUGAACAACAAGUCAUUUCUUAGUCUAAGACUGAAACUACUUCUGAAGCCGAGAAGCCUUCUGAAUCUGAUUCCAUGCCUCUAG